CUCUGGCCCCAGCACCUCGCCCCAGAACUCUGCCGCGGCACUUUCCUUUUCCAUGACGUCGCCGGCGGCGCUCCUUUGCUCGCCCGUGAACGAGCAGCAUCUUGUGGCUUCGGUAGCUGCUUCCUGCCCUUUGCAUGCAGAGAGAGCGUGAGGAGGACUUAUCAGUUCCCCUACCUCCAGCAGACAUCGCUGCCAGGGUCUCGGAGCUCGGGCCGCCGCAGGGCAUGGACUCCCCGCUCAAGGAGGGACCUAGAACAGGGGCUAACGUCUGGGACAAUCAGGGACCCCUCCUCUUCAGCACAUUUAAACCCAACGGUCUCAGCAAAGACGACAACGCGGACGAGCCGCCCCAGCUGGACGGCGCCAGUGCUGGGCUCAGCAGGGUGCCAGCCGGGGCCCAGAAGGAGAAGCAGCCUCCUGGCUCUCAGAGGGAGCAAGGCACCUAUACCACGGCCCCUCUCAGCUCGUGGCCGGAGGCCAGCGCCAAGCUGAGCUGGUCUCUGCUCGGGGACCCCGCGCAGGGAGUGGAGACGCGGGCGAGGCUGGGGCCCGGCCUGGACCCUCCCGAGGCCCCGUCGGCGCUGCAGGCCCGAACCCGGGCGUGGUUCGAGCGAACGCAGGCGAGCCGGAUCCGCCAGCAAGGGGAGCUGCCGCCCUGGUUUCACGGCUUCAUCAGCAGGAGGGACACGGAGCAGCUGCUGCAGGAGAGGCCGCUGGGCUCUUUUCUGAUUCGCUUCAGUGAAAGCACGGUGGGAUUUGUCUUGUCGUACAGGGGCAGAGAUCGCUGCCGGCACUUCAUCCUCGACCAGCUGGAAGACGAGUGCUACGUGAUCCUAGGAGAGGACAGCGCCCACGCCGAGCUCCAGGGCCUGCUUCAGCACUACACCACCGCCCCCGUCACCCCCUACUAUGAGUUCCUGACAGCACCGUGCCCCAGGAGCGACAAGAGCCGAGAGAGUGGUGGGAUCCCGGCUGGAGCCGAAGCAGGGUCCGGCGCCCCACCCGAGCCAGCAAAUGUCCCCCCAGCAGCACGCGGCCAAGCAUACAGCCUGGUUCUCAGACAGCCCCAGGCGCCCGGCCAACAGACCCACCCCUGCCCGCUGGCUGCAGAGCAAAGGAACGAGGGAUGCCCUUCCAAAGAGGCUCCCUGUUCCAUUCCCCCGCUCCCCGCCAAAGCUGGCCCCGCUCAGAGGCCGAGCAGCCCCAUGCAAGAGGCAGGGGCCUCUGCAGAUCCCUACGCCCACGUCAGCAAAGCGCCCGUCCCCGCGGAGCAGCCCACGCCGGCCCAGCCCACAGAGGCCAAGUACCAGCAGCUGAUGCGCUUCCACACCUACGCCGAGCCCCGCGAGGGCUUCCCGUCCCCCGAACGCCGCAUCUACUAUGAACCCGACGAGCCCAUCCCCUUCUAUGCCAUGGGGCGGGGCUCGCUGCCCAGCCCCGACCCCGAGAACGUCUACGCGGAGGUGGAGCUGGCGUGCCGGCCCCGGCCCCAGGCUCUACCCAGAGUCCUGCAGGACACGGCCUCCACCCUGCCUCGGGGCUCAUCCAGACCUCCCGCCGAGCCGUCCCCAGGACACCGCAGGCUCCUCCGGAGCAUGUCGGGGCAGGGGUCCCGGAGGAGGCGGCUGCCUGCAGCUCUCACCGCCGAGGGGGACCGGGGGAGGCCGUCUGGGCCAUCUUCGGAGACCCCGCGGGAGUUUGAUGAUCCGGUUUACAGCAGGAAGCCAGCCAGCCUGACCAGACCAGCAGCCACCAGGGGAAAGGAAGGUCUAGAAAACAUUUACGAGCUGAUUUCUGGAGACCAUCCGAGCCCGCACGCCUCGGGGAGCAGUAACUCCUAGAGCCCUCCCACAUUCAAGGCAAGCCGGCAGGACACCCCCUGCCAAGGGUUCCAGGGCUUGAGAGCCGCCGGAGAAGACUUCUUCCCCAUCAGCUGCUCUCUAGGACACAGAGUUGCUGCAGACAUACGCCCUCAAGACACCGCUGCUCCGACCGCCUCUCACGUUUGUGCUGAGAGCAGCCUGCACCGUGAAUUCAAGGAUCACACACACUCACGCUCUGCCCCACUUCCAAGGGUGGGAGAUUCAGGAAGCAGGGAAGAUCUUUCCAUGGAAAGGCCAAUGAGAUCCAACGCCAAUAAAAAACCCAGCGAGGUCCUCGGCUCACAGUCUCUUCCUCACAGCUACGACACCAGCUUUAUUGGUUUUCCCAUCCCUCCUGCUCUCAGUCAGAGGUUGCUUGGUACUCAAGACUUGUGUCUUUUUUGGACCCAUGAUGUCAUCUCUUUCCCUCCUCCCCUUGGAGCAGGGUCCUUGCUUCUUGAUGUCAUUGGGCGGCCGUAGAAGCUGCUUCAUGGGGUGGAACUACCAAGUCCAAAUGGGGUAACGAACACCCUCUGGCAUGGACGGAGAUGCCUACUGACUUGACGCCACAGAGCUGUUCAGAUAAGAAGGAUCCUUAUUUUUAAAUAAGGGGAAUAAACAGAAGCAAAUGGGAUGAAAUUGACUUGCCUGCAGGGUGGGCGGCAUUUAAAUCCUGCUUAAAGGAGGGGCAGGACUCAGGGUUUAAGUUCCGCAUUAAGUCCUAUGGACCCUCGGCUGCUUUCUGUAACCACGAUGGGCUGUAUUUCGCUCUCCCUUCUCAGGGCAAGAAUUGGUCACCGCCACGGGCUGUCUGUAAAUAAAAGCGAUGGGCCUUCACUGAGCCGGGAACUACCCUUAAGGUGUCUUAGCAUCCCCAGAGACAAUGAAGAGAAGGAAAAGCAUUUGAUCCCAAGCACAGCUGUAAUUCAUCCUCUCCCCACCACCACCCCGACGGUAGGUUCAAAGGCAGCAUUUUCAGAGAGGAAGGAUGGUCUUUAGGAUCCGGCACAGUAGCAGACAGGACCCCCCUGUGUCAUCGCUGCUUCAAGGAACAGCUGCCAGUUAGGAGCAGCCUGGGGAGGGGCGCAUAGGGUGGAGGUACUGGGGGAUGUGGGAAGAGAGUGGCAGGGCUACGAAAUGGAUGGAUUGUGGAAGGUGAUGGGCAGGAAAUGCUGCAUGCUACAAGGAUGCUUUGCGAGAAGUCUCAGCGCCUGGGGGAGAGCGGCUGAGGGUUCCACUAGGUAACAUACAGAGGAAAGGCCCAGGAAACGCUGCAGUUAGGAACAAAAUCUCUCAAAGCCAGAAAAUUCAGAGUGAAGGUGAAACUUACAAGAAAUCCUAAACAUGGGAAAGGUCCCUAAGACCCCCAAUGCCCUGACCUCUGCUUCCUCCCCGACGCAGCCCCUUCCCCCGGGGGUGAUCUGACUCACGUGUGCACCUGGUAACACGGCUACUAAGCAGCAAGUGGCCAGAGAGCUUCUGGUGUCUGCUUGAUUCUUCCCCCUUCUCCACCCCAAGACCUACCAUUUCUUUGCAGGGAGGGCAGCCGCAAACCCCACCACCGAACAGACCAGUGUAAAAGCAACGGCCGGGCUCACAUGAGCCAGCAUCUGGGCCAACAGGCCCCUCCAUGAUUCAGCUCCGCCGGGAGAAGCCAUUUGAAAGUUCCAUGGCCCUGAAGUCUCCCUGUUCAAUUCCAGGGGAGGGGGGAAUAGUUCUGGUGUCCCCCUUUUGCCCAGCAGGGUCACCUAUUCUCCGAUGUAGAAAUACUGCCAAUACUCAGGCAAAGUCGCCUGUGUCUAUGUUUUGAGUAGUCCCAGGUGUUCAGGGUCCGGGCCUUGAUUCUCAUUGAGACUAAGGCUUGGUCUACACUACAGAGUUACGUCAGUACAACGGCAUCACUCAGGCAUGUGGGAAAUUUACACCCGAGUGCCACAGUUAUACUGACAGAACUCCGGCUGUACACAGCACUACGUGGACAGGAGGGCUUCUCUCAGGGAGGGGGAGUACCUACACCGACAGGAGACGCUCUCCCCUGUCGGUGUAGGUAGCAUCUUCACUUAAGCACUACAGCAGUGCCACUACAGCAAUGUAUGUGUAGACAAGCCUUAAUGCUCCUUUUUCACAGCUCUGGCAGAAGGGACCUUCAAGUGGAUGUAAGUUAAGGCUGUAUCCAUUGUAACGCUCCAUGCCAGUGGGGUGCAACAGGGCCUUGGUGUACAGGAGUCAGGCCCCGUGGGUUCAGUGUAUUAAAACCGGUAAGAUCUACUCACUCCUGGGCCAAUCCAGUUCCUGAGAGUGGCAAGAGCGUGUGAACAAUCCCAUCCCCUGGAGAGGCAACCGGAGGGGUGGUUUGGUUCAUUUAAAAGUUUUAUUCCUUUAUCAAAUCUCUUGUCAGAGGAUUUCACUGUACAGAUAUGAAUAAAUUACUCAACAGUAACUGUUUUCUGGUCAUUGGAACACUCAAAAUGGGCUUUGCAAUGUACUAAAACAUCCAGGGAACUAACCUAUAAAUCUGAUUUUAAAAUACCAUCAGACUUCAUUCACCAGGUACUU